CACAUAACGUGAAACUCUCAGUAAUGCGAAUGAUGCUACGGAAAUAGACAGUAAACGUCAUCCUGAGUGAUAUUGCCGGAUUCAGGAGUAGGCAACCAUUGAAUAUAAUCUAGGCUGCAUUUACAUAGUAUCAAACAGUAGCGUUCACUCCAGUUUACUCUAAGCUUGUGACAGGAGGGUUAACCUCGAAAUAUUUUUAUUACACCUUCACAAAAGUUGAAUUAGACAAUCAGUAAAACACUAUGGAAGCUCAAGCGGUUAAUACAAGAAGACUGGUAUUAAAUUAUGCUGUUUCAAGUAUCCUGAUGGAGUGUGGAUUUGAAUCGUGUGAGAAACAAGCAUUAGAAACAUUAACAGAAAUGAUACAGUCCUUCAUCGUAGAGGUUGGUGAAUCCUCUAGGAAUUACUGCGAGCUUGCUAGCAGGACGGAGCCCCUCAUUGCUGAUGUAAUUCUUGCUCUUAUUAAUAUGGGAAUACGUGUAGAUGGGAUAGAUACAUAUGGAAAAAGGUCCAGUAGAACAGUACUACCAUCGCUUCAACAGCAAACUCAAUCAAAGCAGCUGAACAUGUUACAAGCUGGUGUUAAGCUAGGACACCCUUCACAUAUACCAAAUCAUUUACCAGCUUUUCCAGAUCCUCAUGCAUAUAUAAGGACACCAACUCACAAGCAACCUGUGACGGAAUAUGAAGCAAUACGUGAGAAAGCUGCUUCUCAAAAACGUGACAUUGAAAGAGCAUUAACAAGAUUUAUUGCUAAGACUGGAGAAACGCACAGUCUCUUUCUUACUGAGGAUAACAGCAUGUUUCCUUUGAUAGCUUGCGAACCACAGUUUCCCAGCUAUCUUUCAGCAUUAUUGCCACAAGAUCAGGUCUUUGAGCCAGAUCAAGAGUUUCAAUUUGAACCAAGCCCUGUAAAGAAAAAGAAGGAGCCUAAGGUUGAAGAUACGGAAGAAGCUAUAAAAAUGCAAAAUGUCGAAGAAGCUGAACAAAACGGAGAGACAGGUGCUCAACAAGACGCUAUUGAUAAUCCAUACCUACGACCUGGUAAAAUUCCAAAAAAUAAAAUGCCUGGAGCCACCGUAGGAACACAGCCAACAAGAAGAGACGCUCUAGACUGCCAGCUGUAAACAGAAUUAUUAAAAUAAUACUUUAAAUCGAAAAAAUUUCUCGAUUGUAAAUAUAUAUAUAGCUACAAUGAUUUUUUUAAAUAAUGACACAAGAAAAGUAAAAACGACAAGUGAAUAAUUUCAAAAUUAUUUUAUUACGAUACACUGAAUCUAUCGUAUAGUUACAUUAUAACUAAUUAUAAUGCCGUGGCGAUCAGUAAUAAAUAUAUAAACGACAAAA